AUGAAACAUCUUAAAUUAUCAAUUCCAUGCAUGAAUUAAUCUUUUCUAUACAAAGGAAACUUUUCAGAUAUUAAUUAUCAAUAGCUUAUACAAUUUACCGAAAACAAACUAGGUAAAUAGUUAACAUAAGAACUUUACUUUGUAUAUGUGAAUACAGAAGGUGAUAGUUUUGUAAUUGAUAAUGAUCAAAAAUUAAACAAUUUAAAAAAGAUUAAUUCUUAAGUUAUAAAGAUUAGUCUUAAAGAAUUCGAAAAACAAUAAGUGCUUCAUCCAAAUACAGUAUGUUCUGUUUGCUAAUAAUCUCCAAUUAUAAAUAUUAGAUUCAGAUGUGUUGUCUGUGAAGAUGUUGAUUUAUGUUAGAAUUGCAGCAUUGAACAUAGUAAACUACAUCCAUUAAUAAUGAUUUCUAAACCAGAAUAAGUGUAGUACUUAGAAAAUUUUUUUAAAAAAAAUAUAAUGAAAGUGAAGCGUAUUUUAAAUAGUUCUAUCAAUAAAUCAAAAAGCACAAUUAUAGCUCUAAAAGAUGUUUUUAUGAAAAAAAAAUAAGAUUAUUUUGGAAAUGUAUAAUAAUAACAAUAAUAAUAAUAAUAAUAACAAUAACAAUAAAGUUAAAUAAAGAAGCCUCCAAGUUUGGAAGAUGAAGAUAUUUUAAACAAAACUUUAAGAUUAUCAGAAAUAUUUGAAGGAUCACCCAGAAAUUAUGAGAAAUUUGUUUAAAAGAACAAGGAAUUAACAUUUGAAGAAUUAGUUGAAAUAGCAUCAGAAAAAUUUGCAUGA